AUGAGAGAGUUCCCGGAUGGCUAUGAGGGCAUUUGUCCCUGUCUCGGCAUAGUCCAGCAGGGUGACUUGUGCAGCGUGCUCCUGGACCACGCCGAAUUAGGCGACUUGGAGAACUACCUGGAAAUCACGCUUCCCCCAGAUUCCCCCGAAAGCAUUACAUUUUUCUGGAAAAGAGUAAUUGAGGUCGCCCAUACUCUUUCGCUGCUCCACCGGUUCCAGAAGGGCGAGUUGGUCAUUGAAGGAUGCCACCGAGACAUAAAACCUUCAAAUAUUCUUGUUUUUGCAGACUCUGAACGCAAACCGCUCUUCAAGCUGUGCGACUUUGGCCUUGCAGUGCUCACCAAGCAACACACGGCUCCCGUCACUAUGGAAGCAUGGGUGGGAAAUCUCACUUGCGGUGCCCCAGAAACCAGUCAAUUUCACAAAGAUAAAAUGAUCGGCCUACCCGAAGCCCAAGCCCAAGAUGUCUGGUCACUUGGGUGCGUUCUGAGCAUCGUCGCAAGCUUCGUGGUAAUGGGAUACGACGGCGUGAGGGAGUUUCACGCGGCAAGACUCAGCGCGGCUGGAAACAACCAAGGCAACCUCGAGACUGACUCCUUUCAUGACGGCGAAAAUAUCUUGGAGGAGGUGAAAGAGUGGCACCGACGAUUAACAAACACGGCAGUGACCCGACGGACUCUGAGCGCACGGCGCGAUACCGUGACGCCCGAGAUCCUGAAGCUGUUGGACUCAUCAGUCCUUGUACCAGCGAAGAAAAGAUUAACGUCGAGGCUGCUUUGGGCCAAGCUGAAUGAGAUCUUGUCCAAGAGCUCCGGAGCCCUCAGUGCAGACAGCGUGACGCUUCGUACAAGCACUGCAGGGCCUCUCUCUGCCAUUCAGCCCACGUAUACGGGUCAUGAGAAGAAGAGAGAACCUCCCAGCUGGGGCUUCCCUCGACGGCGAAGAACCCAACCAUUCCAAAGACACGACGACGAUCGAGGGACACUUGUAGCGGAGUCCAUACCCGUCUACAACCUUCUCUGGGUAGAUUUGGAAAAGUAUCUCACGAUGAGGUUUCCUGGUUUGGUGUUUCGUGAACAAAUCAGAAACGAUCGAUACGUAUUUGAGAUUCCGCAACGAUUGACCCAAGAAGACAGGGAUGUUAUCAUGGAGCUGCGCGACAGAGAUUACAGUGCCUAGGUAGGUAUGUUUGUACCGAGUACUCUACCUAGAGAUCUCACUGGUAGCCCGAUUAGGCGCCCCUCAUAGCUCAAGGUGCAGCUCAGGGGUCCUUGUUAGCCUCGGAGGGUACAAGGCACCAAGUACUCGCCAAGGUCGUGACACCCUGCUCCUCCAUCUACAAAGAAUCGAGAAAUCAUUACCAGCUGUACCAUGCCACGGUACGCAUGA